AGUCUGUGGGGAUAGUGUGUGAGGUGGGCUGUGACAGUAGUCUAUUUGCUGUGGAUUACUCUCAUUUGAGGUGAGCAUUGCAAAAUAGAAUGUUGUGGCGAUAACCCAUAUUUCUGUCGCAAAGACUAGUAAGAGCACCUAUUCAUAUGUCACAAAUACUAGUUAGAAGACCUAUUCGUAAAAGAUACAGCUCCUGAUUUACUUGAAACGGAAAGCUGUGCCGAAUUACUUUGGUCACAGUUUAAACUCCGUGUGGGAUGUAGGAGUCCCCUAACGCACUGUCACGGUUUGACAAGGCGCUAUUCAGCAGGGCAUAAAUUCGUUGUGCAUUCACAAAUUAGUGUCUAUUGGAAAGUCUUCUUUCCACUCAAAGGACCCAGUGCGUUUGCUGCUUGCGCGAAACAGACAACAAAAAUGCGAAAGGAAAGGGUGGAUGAAUAUCAGCCUUUGCUGGUGAAAGAUGUUGCCUCGCUUAGACGGUUUCCAAACAGAUCAUUGCUGCUGGCUGCUGGCGCUGCUUGUAUUGGUGGGACAUUUCAAUAUGGAUACAACAUUUCUAUCAUCAAUGGUCCAACCAUGUACGUACACAGGUUUAUAAAUCAAACAUGGAUAGAGAGGUAUAACACAAGCAUUUCAGAAAAUGUCCUCACACUGCUGUGGUCUGCCAUUGUAUCCAUCUUCACCCUGGGAGGACUGGUGGGAGCGUCUCUUGGUGGAACUUUGUCUGUAAAGCUGGGAAGGAAAGGGGCACUAUUGACCAACAAUGCAUUCUCACUGACAGCUGCUUUAUUGAUGGGUAUUAGUCAGUCGACAGGUUUAUUUGAAUUACUUAUUAUUGGACGAUUUUUUUGUGGUAUAAAUGCAGGCAUUGCCAUCUGUGUUCAACCUCUGUAUUUGGGAGAAAUAGCUCCUACUGCACUUCGUGGAGCAAUGGGAAUGGGAACCUCAGUUUUUAUAACUGGAGGGAUUCUCACUGGACAAGUCAUGGGUCUGAGGGAGGUCCUGGGCAGAGAGGAGUACUGGCCUAUCCUGCUCUCCACCACUUGCAUACCAGCCAUAGCUCAACUAAUCAUUCUGCCCUUCUUCCCUGAAAGCCCCCGUUACCUUCUUAUUGACAAAGGAGACACUGAGGGGUGCAAGAAAGCGCUGAAGCAGCUCCAUGGGGCUGGAGUCUGUGAGGCUGAGAGGGAGGACAUAGAGAAGGAGAAACUCAGUUCUGAGGGUGUCCAGGCAAAGAAACCCUGGGAACUGUUCUCUGACCGCAGUGUGCGCUGGCAGCUCCUCACCAUCAUUCUGCUCAAUGCUGCUCAGCAGCUCAAUGGCAUAAAUGCUAUAUAUUUUUAUGCAGACUAUGUAUUCAGACAGUCCGGCAUCCCUGAAGAUAAAAUACGAUAUGUGACAGUUGGGACUGGGGCUUGUGAAUGUCUCACAGCUUUGACUUGUGGAAUGCUUAUCGAAUGUCUGGGGAGAAAAGCGCUAAUCAUGGGAGGAUACAGCCUAAUGAGUAUCUGCUGCAUUUUCUUCACCCUCACGCUCUCUUUUCAGGAUGCCAGUCCCAUAGUCCCAUACCUUAGUAUGGCUUGUGUGUUUGCAUUUAUCCUCAGCUUUGGUCUCGGUCCAGGUGGUGUGACCAACAUCCUGACGACUGAAUUGUUCACACAGUCCACACGUCCAGCAGCUUACAUGGUCGCGGGAACUGUGAACUGGUGCAGCUUCUUUUUUAUUGGCCUGCUUUUCCCCUUCAUUGUGCUCGGACUGCAGCAGUACUGCUUUCUUGUUUUUUUGGUGGUCUGUAUUUUGGUGGUCACAUACAUUUUUCUUAUACUUCCUGAAACCAAGAACAAAACAUUUCUUGAAAUCCAGAAUGAGUUUCAAUCAUCAAAGAAUAAAAAGUGCAACUCUAUCGACGGAGCAGGGACAAAACUUUUAACAACAUCUAUUUAACAGAAUAAUUAUAACAUGAAAUAUUGUUUUGUUUGGGAAAUUUCUUGUCAGAAUCCACAAAAUAAACUUUGCAAUGUAAUGCUACCAGUGCUUAAUUUCUAAAGGCUGGAAUUUUUUAUGAAGAAAGAGAUUUUGACUCAGAUUUCACUAUGCCAUUUUAAUGCUAUUGACUUUAAUAUAUGCAUUUAUUACUGUAUGAAUCCAUUAUUAUUUGGUCAAUUAUUAAAAUGUGUGUUUAUUUGACAGAAAAUCUACAAAAAUACAAAUUAAUAUAAUUUAAACAUGAGAGCUUUCAAACAAUGAAGUAGUUGAGCAUUUUCUCUCAUGUUCCCCUUCAAAUUAAGCACUGUAUGCUGAUGAAUGUUUUUUAUAUUGAUAAUUAAAUUAAUUGUUUAAUAAAGUCCACAACUUCACAAAUC